AUUUUGUUUCCCAUUAUGUGGGAAAAACAGUUUAUCAACUGUUUUUUUAUUUAUUUUGUUUUUUUAUAACUCUGUCCCACAGGGAAAAUGCAUUCUCAAUGCAACCAGAGGGUGGCAACACGAUCAUAUUCCAAAGCACAUACGACAACUGAUCCAGAUGUGCUUUGCAUUUUAAACAGGCAUGAGCGAUCCCAUGUUAGUUCAUUAAGUGAGUUCAGCUUUACGUAUAUGAUCAUGCCCCGUGAUUGUAUACACAGUUAUGCCGUUGAUAAGGGUAACUGACUGUCCUUUUACUUAUAAAUAGACCAAAUGCAUUGCAUUCUAACCUACAAGGACAUAGCGGCAGGAUGUGUCAUUGCAGUUGCGUAUUUAAACCCGAUAAAUGAUGAUUGAAUGAGCCAUAAUUGCUUUUGUAAUGCUGCUUAAAAUUCACAAACUUAGAGCUUUGAUGCACCGUCUGCCCAAGCAAUCUCUCAGAAGCUUUUUUUAAAAAAAAAAAAAAAAAAGCUAUUUGCGAGGUUGCAGUGAUUUCUUACGUCUGAGGAAUAAAUACUACAGCCAGCACGUGUACUGGGCGGUCACGACCACACGGUGUUCACGUGGCUGAGUUCCAACAGAACGCGGCACUGGCAAGUGUGGGCACAUUAUAUCUAGACAGUGAUUGCUUCAACAACCUCGUAGCCAUGGACCUAGAAGUGGAAUCCGCAGACAUAAUUCGCUUGAUUAUGCAAUAUCUCAAGGAGAAUAAUCUCCACCGCACUCUGGCGACGCUUCAAGAGGAGACGACUGUGUCGCUCCAUACUGUGGACAGCAUCGACAGCUUCAUUGCGGACAUAAACACCGGACAGUGGGAUAUAGUGUUGCUCGCAAUCCAGUAUCUGAAACUUCCUGACAAGCUGCUCAUUGAUCUCUAUGAACAGAUUGUGCUGGAAAUGAUUGAGUUGGGGGAGCUGGGAGCAGCCCAGUGUUUACUAAAGCAAACAGAUCCCAUGAUCAUGCUGAAGCAUACUCAACCUGAGCGCUACUCACACCUGGAGACUCUUCUCUCCAAACCAUACUUUGAUUCACAAGAGGCAUAUCCAGUGGGCAGCAGCAAAGAGAAGCGCAGACUGGCUAUCUCUCAAGCUUUUGCAGGAGAGGUCUGUUUGGUGCCACCUUCUCGUCUCAUGGCUCUGCUGGGGCAGGGUCGUAUAUGUGAGGGAGCUCUAUACAGGCUACAGGAGACCAAAGCACUAAGGCAGUUUGGCUCAUUAGCGAUGCUGUCUCUGAAGUGGCAGCAGCACCAGGGACUCUUGCCUCCAGGAAUGUCACUGGAACUGUUCCGGGGGAAAGGUGCAUUGAAGGACAUGGAGGAAGAGCGCUUCCCUACUCAGCUCAGUCGCCUCAUAAAGUUUGGGGCAAAGUCCCAUGUAGAGUGUGCUCGAUUCUCUCCUGAUGGACAGUACUUGAUUACUGGAUCUGUUGAUGGUUUCAUUGAGAUCUGGAACUUUACCACUGGUAAAAUUCGGAAGGAUCUGAAGUACCAAGCUCAGGAUAAUUUCAUGAUGAUGGAUAAGGCUGUGCUGUGUCUGGCAGUCAGUCAGGACUCCGACAUAGUUGCUUCUGGAGCUCAGGAUGGGAAGAUACAGAUUUGGAGAAUUCACAAUGGGCAAUGUCUAUGCAGGUUCGAGCGAGCCCACAGCAAAGCGGUCACCUGUCUCUGCUUCAACAAGGACAGCAGCCAAAUCUUAAGUUCCUCCUUUGACCAGAUCAUCAGACUUCACGGUUUAAAAUCAGGAAAGACACUGAAGGAGUUUAGAGGCCAUACCUCUUAUGUAAAUGACGUUAUCUUCUCACACGAUGGCCAGCAUGUCAUUAGUGCAUCGGCGGAUGGGACGGUAAAGAUCUGGAACAUGAAGACAAUGGAUUGCACCCACACAAUAAAAACGCCUGACAUUCCAGAGGGUACAGACAUCACUGUUAACAAUGUUGUGCUCGUCCCGAAGACCCCUGAGCACUUUGUGGUGUGUAAUAGGACCAACACUGUGGUUGUUAUGAACAUUCAUGGCCAGGUGAUGAGGAGUUUCUGUUCAGGUGUAAAAGAGGGGGCUGACUUUGUGUGCUGCACGUUGUCUCCACGUGGAGAGUGGAUUUAUUGCGUGGGAGAAGACUAUGUGCUGUACUGCUUCAGCACCAUCACUGGCAAGCUGGAGAGAACACUCACGGUACAUGAAAAAGAUGUCAUUGGCAUAACUCACCACCCCCAUCAAAAUCUCAUCGCCACUUACAGCGAGGAUGGCCUACUCAAACUCUGGAAGCCCUGAGUCCCUUCCCACCUGAUAUGGACUCUUACACUUGUCUUGUGUUUAUAUGUUCUGAAUGCGUUACCCCUGCAUACUACACUUUUGUCUAUGCCUUUAUUCGCCUGCCAUGAAAUCAGUGUUCCAUUUAAAGCUCUAAUAAUGUAAUCAGUAUUUUUGAGGAGUUAAAAACACAAACACCUUUCAGUUAAACUGGUACCACAGCAGUCAUGAGAUGCAGGACCUCUCCAACAUCUGCAACUAAGUGCAUCGAACUUCCAACUACUAACCUUUCCUCUCAAGUCUCUAGUGGAAAACAUAACUGCAUGGAUGUAGUGGUCUGUUACUAUUAUUAAGGGCAUUGUAGUAUUGUCUGUGAUGAUAUCUGCAUGCAAGAUUUUACCAUAUAAAAAAAGAAUAUGGUCAAUGUACUGGGUUUUUUGCUGACCAUUGUUGGAGUUUCACAUCUUACAUGUGAUUGUGAUUUCUUUGAUCAAUGUGAGCAAAGACAAAUAUUCAGUGUACCUUCUCAGAAGUCUUGGAUUUUCACAUAUUUGUACUUGUGUACAUUCAGAAUUCUGAUAUUUAGAAUUCAUAUGGUACAAUUUUGUUUCUAGUGGUUUAGUGUGUUUUAACACUUGGCCCAGCACAUCUACUUAUACUGCAUGCAUGUGAACACUAUGCAGUUAUUGCAAUACUAUAUGGGAGUUAUCCGUGUGGUUUAUAUUCUGAUAAUACAGAUUUUUUUUUUUAAUUAAGGGUAUAAUAUUGCUUUGUAGUGUAAGUCUCAAAGUAUCUUACAGUGUUGGUAAAUAGUAUGCCAAUACUGCUGCAAUUCAAUUAAAAUUCAAGCAUGAAUAAUUCAUGACAGUAUUUUUAUGU